CGUAACUCGGAGGCGAGUGGAGUGGUGCUUGGGUGUGUGAGAGGGAGGUCAGUGAGUGAGGUGACUGAGAAGGUCGUCCGCCGGCAGGGGUCACCGGCCAGAGGACUAGGGCAGUGCUCGAGCAGCACCGCGGGACCCGAGAUGCGACCAAAAGGGCCUGCUGUGCGUCGCGCGGCGCUCGCCUUCCCGUGCGUGACGUCACCACCAUCAGCUGCGGCGGCGCGCGCUCCGUCCCCGCCAGCGCGCGCUCCAUCCCCGCCGGCGCCAGCCAUGGAGAGCAGCCUGCUGGACGCGCUCGAGUGCGCCAUCUGCCUGAACCAGCUGAGCGAGUCGAAUCGGGUGCUGCCCUGCCAGCACACCUUCUGUCAGCAGUGCCUGCUGGACGUGGUGGCCUCUCGCGGCGGAGAGCUGCACUGUCCCGAGUGCCGGACUCCCGUGCUGACGCCGGUGGCCGAGCUGCCGCAGAACAUAGUGCUGGUGCGCCUGCUGGAGACGCUGAGGACGGCGCGCGCCGCGCCCACGCCCGCGCAGCGGCCCGUGCUCGAGCGCGGCGUGUCGUGUGACGGAUUCGCCGAGGGCUCGCCGUUCGUGCGCCGCGCCUCUCAGACCAACCCGUUCCUGAGUGAGGGCGCGGGCGCGGGCCCGCCGGCCGGCCCGCCGCCGCCGCCGCCGCCGGCCGCGCCUCCCGAGGGCGGAGGGCUCACCGCCGAGGAGAGGGUAGCCUCGCUGCUGGCAGAGUUCGACCCGCUGCAGCGGCGCACCACGCCGCCGGCGGCCGCCCCCGCCCCCGCCCCCGCCGUGUCCGCGCAGAGCUCCCCCGGCCGGGCGCCGCAGGCCAUACCCUGCGCCAGGGCACUCUUCAGCUAUGCCGGCACUCAGGAGGGGGACCUAGCGUUCAAGGAGGGCGACGUCAUCCAGCUGCGGCGACGGAUCGACUUCGACUGGUUUGAGGGCCAGCUGGGCGGCCGCACGGGCGUGUUCCCGGCCAACCGGGUGACGGUGCUCACCCCACUGGCCAACCACAUCCCUCAGUGCCGCGCCAUCUCGCAGUUCACCUUCCCCGACCAGGACGGAAAGACCUACCUCAGAUUCAAAAAGGGUGAGAUAGUGACGCUGAUCCGACCGGUGGACUCCAUCUGGGCCGAGGGCAAGAUCGGCCACCGCACCGGCGUGUUUCCUCUCACCCUGGUGGAGCCCAACAGCCCGGCGCAGAGCAUGCUGCGCACGCACGGAUGUCUGUCUUCCGCCGCCAAGCCGCCGGGCACAGUACCACCUCUGCCGCCGCCGCUGCCGCCCCCGCUGCCGGCGCGGCCUGCGCGACUGCGGGCGGCCACCGCCCCCGCCCCCGCCCCCGCCCAGAGGGCCGAGCCGCCGCCCGCCGCGCCGCCCCGGCCGCACCGCCCCAAACCGCCCGGCAGCGCGCAUGUGCGGCCGUCGGUCAGGGAGGGUGAGCCGCCGCCGCCGUCACCGCCGGUGUCCUCGGCGCAGAGCGGCCAGGGGGAUCCGGCGGCGAGCAAGGCGGCCCAGCAGCGGCUGACCCCGGCCACCCCUCGGCCGGCACCCGAGGGCAGUGCUGACCCGCCGCCCAUACACCUCAGUCCGUCGGGUCCGUCGCUCGGCCGGUCCGCCAACUCCCACCGGCCGCUGCAGCGGGUCCGAUCGUGGGGCUCCGGCUCACCGGCCGGCGGCGGCAAUACCAUCAUCGCCAACCGGAACACCAGACCGGAGCGGGCACAUUCAGACGCCAAGAAGCACUCGCGGGCACCCACACCGCUCGUCAUUCAAAGGUACCGGUGUACGAUGGACUACCCCCCGAGCUCGGACGUGGAGCUGGAACUCCGUGCCAACGACAUAGUGUUCGUGCACAAAAAGCGCAGCGACGGCUGGAUGAAGGGCACUCACGAGAAGACGGGCAAGACGGGCCUGUUCCCGGCCACCUUUGUGGAGCUCUGCUGACCGGCCGACCGGCCGCGGACCGUCACUGACGGCCCCGGUCGGUGACGCGACUGACGUGCGGUGAUAUUGGACGGUGAUGUGGAUCAUGACGUGGGCACGGGAUGUCGGGGAGCCGGCCCAGGUCGGUCGGCGUGCCAUGACUGCGCUCUCUACUGCGCGGCGCGAGGAUGCUGCGGGAGGAUGACACAUGACCUGGUGAGAAACACGUGGCGCGCGGCACGUGAUAUUAUGUGACGUCACACAGGAUCUGCGGACGGUGAGAUUCUGACGGCCCGCGUUCGAAGUUGACUGCGAUGUGAUGUGUUUAUCCCGAAUUCAGAAGCGAGUAUUAUAUCAUUUAAUGGUGUAUUGUUCCUCUCCCAACUGGCCUGGCGCGGUGUCGACCCCGAUUUGGUCUGUGGGUGCGCCCCCCCCCCCCCCCGUUAUCAAGCUACCGACUCGCCUCUCACGGCCGGUAUCAACAGUGCUUUAAUGGGCCGAUUGUUGGACUUUAUCCGGUGAGCCGUUUGCGUGUAUACUAGCCGUGCGUCCCGUACGGGGCCGCGCGGUCCCACCGCUCUCUACUCGCUGUUCGAUGAGCGGAGCUGUAACCACCCUACUCAUUGUGAUGCCGGUGUAUAUUGUAUAUUUGUGUUUUACGCCAUUUAGUCCUAUGAACGGACGGCCAUGGGCGUGAUGCCGGCCGGACUCUGGCCUGCCACAGCAGUGUCCGGCCUGUCCCCGGGUUCUCUAUGGGCCCGUCCUAGCGCAGAUCUUGUACCGCAGUUGUGCCAACUCGCCGCAUUACGCCGCCGCGCGCGGCAGCAGCAAUACAGAGACGUGAAUAUC